UUGAGUGGCAAUCUGAUCUUAAUUUGUUUGAAAUUAUACGGAGUCUUAUCUGUUUUUACUAUAAGGCUAGGUACCUAUGUACCCAGUAAGUGCCUCAUUAUAAGGGAAAUACGAGUUGAGGCGUAAGAUAAAGAUGUAAAAUUUGAAAAUUUAACUCCAAGAUAUUGUCAUCAAAAAGGUCGGGUAAACCUGUUGCUCUCGAUAUUGAUGCGAUGAUAACGCAAUAUGAGGUAUCAAUGUAUCCGGUACCUGACGUUAUCAAUGCGUGCGGUAGGCGAGCCGGGGCGAGGUGUAAAGGUGGAGCUAGGUAAUCUCACCGUGCAGAUUAUGACUACAGGUGCUAGCCUACUAGGAGUGUUAGGGGUGGCUAGGACCUCAGCAGCAAUCCUCAGCAAAUUCCCCUAGCAAAUCGAUAGAUCGGACUUUAUCUGACUUUAUUAGGCUAGGCUGCUAAUAAUUACUUACAUUUGCUGCGGGCCGGUGCUAAAGCUCGAAAAAGGUUGAAGUUGACAGGUCUUUCCACGCUUUUUCUCUUUCAUCAUCUUCGGAGCUCAGCCCUAGAUAGUAAAAGACCUUCAAAUCUUUCCCUUCGAAUUUGCCUUCUAUUGACACCAACCCAAAGAAAAAAGAAGCCCAGUAUCGCUUAAUCUUAUAGGUCCUAUCCAGAAAGUUUAUCGAUAAUGGGGACUUUCCUGUUCAAAUGGGAGCAUCCCGCCUCCGAGGUCUACGUGACCGGCACAUUCGACGAUUGGAAAAAGACGGAGAAGCUUGAAAAAGUUAACGAUCAUUUCGAGAAGACGGUAACACUUCCAGACGCAUCGUCCAAGAUAUUUUAUAAGUUUGUCGUCGACGGCAACUGGGUUACCGACCACACCGCACCGAAAGAAGUGGACGAGAGUGGCAACGAGAAUAACAUCUUAACGCCCGACCGUAUUACUGUUGAGAUUCCCUCAACAGCUGCCAUCAUGAGCACCGUCACGCCAGAUUCUACAACCGCUGCUUUGGCCGCAGAUGUGCCAUUGGAGAAGAAGAACGAAGAUUUGCCUGGCACUUUCCCUGAGACCCCCGCCGCGGAGCUCGACAAGGGUGGUGAUUUCGGUGUAAAUCCUCUGCCAGCUGCCGCAGGCGCUGUCAAUCCUAUCAAGCUCGCUCCGGGUGAGAAGAUCCUCGAAGGUCUCGCCGCCAAUGGCACCGCCGACCAAGUCAAGCUAGACCCGGAGUCGUACGAGAAGAGUGACACUAUUCCAGGUGGUUUGCCUAUUACCUUGAACUCCGCCGCGCCAGUGUCUACCACUGCUGUUUUGGCGGGAAGCGUCCCUCUCGAGCCCAAGGUUCCCGAGGUGGUGAAGGACAGCCAGGAGAAGGCUCAUGUUGAUCCCGAGGCCAGCGGCAUCACAGAGGAGGUUAAGGAGAAGGCUGAAGUCGAGAGCGAGCUUUUGGAGAAGGUGAAGGAAGCGCCUACUACGUCCGAAGGCACCGCUGGUAAAGGCACGGAGAAGACGGAGGAUGUCGUUACUCCUGGCGAAGCUGCUGCGUCUGUUGUUGCUGCAGCCACAGCAGCGGGCGCUGCCGCAGUCGCAGGUGCUAUUACUGCCAAGGACGUUGCUGUCGAGAAGGCCACAGAUGCCACUACAUUAGCUCAAGCUUCUGUCGUUGAAGCAGCUGCGAAACUGCCCGAUUCAGUCAAGGAGCAACUUCCCGAAUCGGUCCAAAAUGCCAUUGGAAGCACGAACAAGGAGGAAACUCGCGAGGAAGUCUCCCCCGAGGUGCCUGCCGAGGUCAAGGAAUCUAUUAUUGAAGCCAACGAAGCCCCCGAAGCCGCCGCAAACACGGAAGCAGUGGAGGAGAAGAAGGCCGUCGAAGCUGAAUUAUUGAAGGAGGUCAAGCCUGUCGAGCCUGAGAAGGAAGCCAAGAAGGAAGAAACACCAGCCGAGCCAGCAGAGUCAACAGAAGCUACGACGAAAGUUCCCGCCAGUUCUUCCGACAACAAGAUACCACCAGCUCCGGAGUCGACUAAUGCCAAUGGACAUCAAGAAGCCGCAAAGCCUCUUGAAAUUAGACGAGUGCCAACUGAGCCCGCCGAACCCGCCGAGUCCACUGAGCCCGCCACCGCCGCUGCCUCAGCCGUGGAAACUACCGCAGCUGCUCCAGCUGCUCCAGAAACUGCGGCCCAGUCGACUGAGGCUACUUCUCCGAGCAAGCCAACAAACGGUGCUGCACCCGAGAAGAAAAAGAAGAGCAGACUUAGCACCAUCUUUGGCAAGGUUAAAAGCAAGCUGUCUGGCAAAUAG